GCCCCGGCCCCGGCCCAGGCCCCGCGGGGGCCGCGCACCCACAGACCCCCCGCCCCCGAGCAUGGCCGCCUCCGGGACCUCCGCCUCCUCCCUGCGCUCGAAAGAUGGCGGCUCCAAGAGGUGGGAGGAAUUCGAGGACAUGUUGGAGGAGAGGCGGCAGUCCAGCGACCUGCGCUACGCGCUCAAGUGCUAUGCCCCCGUCCUCUACAAGGGCCUUAACCCGUGCAAGCCGUGGGCCAUCAAGACCGCCGUGCUGCGGGCGGAGGAGGUGCAGUACGUCGUCAAGCAGCUCUCCAGGGAGACGGGCCAGUCCGUCCAGUCGAUCCAGGAGACGGCCGCGCAGAUCUUGGAGGAGAUGGGCCACUCGCUGCGCCUGGGGGCCAUCCGCCUCUUCGCUUUCUCCCUGAGCAAAAUCUUCAAGUGCCUGUUCCGGAAGGUGUGCGUCAACCAAGACGGCAUCCAGAGGUUACAGCAGGCCAUCCAGGAGCAGCCGGUGGUGUUGCUGCCCAGUCACCGGAGCUACGUGGACUUCCUGCUCCUGUCCUACAUCCUGUACACCUACGACCUGCCCGUGCCCGUCAUCGCCGCCGGAGUGGACUUCCUGGGCAUGAAGGUGAUGGGCGAGCUGCUGCGCAGGGCCGGGGCCUUCUUCAUGCGCCGCUCGUUUGGUGGGGACAAGCUCUACUGGGCCGUCUUCUCGGAAUAUGUGAAGACCAUGCUGCGGAACGGUUACGCGCCCAUCGAAUUUUUCCUCGAAGGGACGAGGAGCCGAACGGCCAAGACGCUGACCCCCAAGCUCGGCCUGCUGAACAUCGUGAUGGAACCUUUUUUUAAGAGAGAGGUUUUCGACACCUACCUCGUCCCCAUCAGCAUCAGCUACGACCGGAUCCUCGAAGAGGCCCUCUACUCACGCGAGCUUCUCGGCGUCCCUAAGCCAAAGGAAUCCACCGCCGGGCUGUUAAAGGCACGCCAGGUUCUCUGUCAGGACUUCGGCUGCAUCCACGUGUACUUUGCAGCACCGCUGUCCCUGCGCUCCCUAGCCGCGGGCCGGAUGGAGAAGUCCCCCUACAAUCUGGUGCCCAGGCACGUCCCGCAGAAGCCCAGCGAGGAGGCGCUGGCCUUCGCCAACGACGUGGCCUUCCGGGUGGAGCUUCUGCAGAUCGAAAACAUGGCCCUGAGUCCCUGGACCCUGGUGGCCACUGUCCUGCUCCAGAACCUACCCGCCCUGGACCUCACCCUUCUGGUGGAGAAGACUCUCUGGCUGAAAGGGCUAAUCCAGGCAUUUGGGGGCUUCCUCGUGUGGCCCGAUGACCUGUCGGCCGCCAGAGCCGUGAAGGGCUCGCUGACGCUGCACGCCAACGUGGCCCGCCUCUCCGCCGACGGCCUGGUGUCUGUGAGCGGGCGAGAGGAGCGAGAGCCCGGCCCCUCGCAGGGCACCCUCUUCCAACGCGCCGUGCCCUUCCUGACCUGCGCCGUCUACCGGAACCAGCUGGCCAACCUGUGCGUCCGCCCCGCCCUCGUGGCCCUGGCGCUCGCCCUGGCCACCGACUCCAGGAAAGAUGACGUCUACGGCUGCUUCAGCUUCCUCCGGGACGUUUUUUCAGACGAGUUCAUCUUCUUUCCUGGCCGGGUGGUGGAGGACUUCGAGGAUGGCUGCUUCCUGCUGGGCCGCUGCGAGGCCGUGCGCGUGACCUCGUCCCACAUCCUCCCGGAGGCCGCCAGCGGGGCCGUGCUGCCCUUCCUCACCGCUAUGUUCCGCCCCUUCGUGGAGGGGUACCAGAUAGCCUGCAGAUACCUCUGGGAAGAAGCCAGCGAAGCCUUCACGGAGAAGCAGUUCGUGCCCGGAGUCCGAGCCUUCGCUUCCCAGCUGAUCGAAGCGGGGACCUCUCGGUGCUACGAGGCGCUGUCCUCCGACUUGCAGAAAAACGCCCUGGCGGCAUUGGUGCGACUCGGGGCCGUGUCGAAGAGCAGAACGGCGAGCGGAAUCAUGUACAACACGGACAGAGAGGCUGUGGCCAAGGUGGAGGGCAUGCUGGGCUCGAGGAUCCCCAUUGGAAGGCCGCUGACCGCCAAACUUUGAGGCGGCUGAGCGGUGGGGCCUGGGCCGGGGCUGGCUGACCCGGCGGGAGCUUGGCCGGGGACCGCGGACGAGUCGCCGGGAGGAAUGGUUUCCCUCCCGCCACGCAGGGAGUUCCGAGCAGGCGCAGGGAGGGACGGACGGACGGGCAGGCGGACCCGACAGACGGCCGGAGGGAGGAGGAGGCUCUGGGGGGGCCGGAGCCCCAGGGCGUCGGAUUGCCCGCCGUCGCCCACGUACCCGUGGGUCGCAAACCGUUGUCCGACUCCCGCUAACCCCCCCCCACCCCGGCCCCUCGCCCCACCCCCGGAGACCCCGCUGCCCUCACACAGACCGAGUCCGGGGUGUGGUGCAUUAACAGAGUCAAGAAUUUUAAGAUUAAAGCAAACUGAGGGAAAGCACAA